CUGACUCGACCACACUAUUUAUUCUCUGUUAUGACAGAUGUGAAUUAGCGAAAACCAUAAGCCGAUAUUUACAUGUUAAAAGAUUAGGGAACGGGUCGUCAAAUCAGUCAAAAUGAACAGGUCGCUGAUCAAGCAGAAGAAAGACUGGACGGAUGAGGAGAGGAAGCAGCUAGCAGCCCAGCUGGAUGCUGAGUUCGAACAGUACCUUGAUGGCAUGAUUGAGAAGAGCAAGAGCAAGUCUCAGGCUGAGCAUGAAGCAGACAUGGAAGAGAUACUGGCAGAUAUUGAGGGCCACCCAGCCUUCAUGAGGUCCCCGGAGGAUUUAGACCUGACCAAGCCACUGCACCCAGCUGUAGAGGGCCUCAUGGCCAUCAAGUACGAGAGUGAAAACCCAACAGCUCGCGCAGACAGCUACAGAGAUGAUGGUAAUGACAACUUCAAGAAGAAAAAGUAUCGCAUUGCAAUCGACAAUUACACUGAGGCCAUAAAGAGCAAGAGUCCCGACAGGAAGCUGAAUGCUGUGUGCUAUACCAACCGAGCAGCGGCACAGUACCACCUGGGAAAUUAUGGGUCUUCUUUAAGGGAUUGUAUAUUUGCUCGCAAAUUUCAGCCUGACCACUGGAAGGCAAUCCUGAGAGGUGUGGAAUGCUGUAUGAAGCUGAGCAAGCACGUGGACACCAUGAAGUGGAUAGAUGCUGCUCUGCUGCUGGAACCUGGGCAGGAAGAGCUCCUCACGUUGAGGGGCAAGAUCGACAAGCUGCAGAGGACGAAGGAGCGGGAUGAUCGGAAGCAAGCAGCACAGGACAGGAGGGAGGAGGCUGAAGACAGGAAGCUGAUUGGACUGAUAAAGGACCGUGGCAUCAAGGUGGGUGGACUGAAGAGGACGGCGGAGACGGCCAAGCUCAACCCUCUCCUGUUCACAAGUCUGGAAAGUCACAACCCAUCUGGAUCCAAGGUGCAUGUAGAUGAAAGCGGCACCAUGUUCUGGCCAGUUCUGUUCUUCUAUCCAGAGCAUGGACAAACAGACUUCAUUGAGGCUUUCAACGAGAAUAAUGUGUUCUGGGACCACAUUUGUCACAUGUUUGGCCCAGGUGUGGAACCGCCGCCGUGGGAUGAGGACAAAAAGUACACCCCCGAGGCUAUAGAGAUUUUCUUUGAGGAUCGUGUGAAGGAAGAGCUACAUAAAGUGGACCCCUCCUCCUCCCUGUUGCAAGCCAUGAGGCACGAAAAGUUCACGGUGAAUGCGGGCACGCCCUGUUUUAUCCUGUUGGUGGUGGGCUCGAAGUGCUGGACAGAUUAUCUCAAACGAUACAAUUAUGAAACAUGAUGCUCGAUUAAUAAAUUUUAAAACAUGAA